AUGGGUUUUUGGGUAAAAAGACAGAAAAGCCCUCAGCUCUCUCUCUCUCCUCCCGGUGUCUCUCUCUCCUCUGGUUCGCGACGGCUGAAACAGCCGGCCACGCUUGGCCGGGCGUGCUCUCGUCCGGCCCCCAAACUUGACGGGGCCGGUACCAAAAUGACCGGGCCGCCGCCCUCUUCCUACCCCAGCCAGGUCCCGCAGCCAGCCGCCGUGAUUUUGCCGGAAAAUGAGGAGAAAAGCUCCGGUUUUGACAGAAACUUCGCCGGCUUCGCUCUUCGUCGUCCGGGCCACCGAUUCCGGCAAGUGAGGUAUGGUUUGUCACCUAUUUUCCGAGCUCUAGCUGCCUGUUGGGUAGGAAUUGAUCAAUUUGUAGCGUAG